CCUGGCUCUGCUCUUGUUUAUAUUUUUUCUUCUUCUCUGUAUUAAUGACUCUAUUUGUGUGUGCUUACUCCUUGUAUCGUAAAGAUUUAAUAAAAAAUAAUAAAUAAAUAAAAACACACACCUUCCCGCUCAAGCAUUGCGCAUGCGCAAGAAUGCUCCUCCGUCCUCUCCUCGCGCCCAGAGCCGUUGCUCGCGCUUGAAUCACACACACCUUCCUGGCUCUGCUCUUGUUUAUAUAUUUUUUCUCUCUGUAUUAAUGACUCUAUUUGUGUGUUCUUACUCCUUGUAUCGUAAAGAUUUAAUAAAAAAUAAUAAAUAAAUAAAUAAAAACACACACCUUCCCGCUCAAGCAUUGCGCAACGCAUGCGCGAGCUCAGUCCUUCGUUCGUCGCGCUAAGCAAUCGGUGCUGAGUGAGUAGGCUGCUACUGACAAAGAAAAUGGACCGAGUCCGAUUGAAAAGGAAAUAUAUUCUUCCGGGUUCUGAUCAAACUGAUAUUCCAAGAAGAACAAGACGGUUAUGGAAAAAAAGGAAAGAAAUGAGAGAGACCAUGAUUGAUCAGCCAAACCAGGAUCUGCCAAGAGCUCAUGCCAGUUUUGAUGCCUGGAUCCCCGUAAGUGAACCAUCUUCAGAAAGACUAUCAGAAACUACAGAAGAGGUCAAUGUAACUAAUGAUGAUUCUGAACCUUGGGUUCCUCUCAGUGGACAACAAAGUUUGUCAGGAGGAGCUGAAGUCUGUGGCCUGCAUGCUGACUGUGGAGAUUCUAUUCCCAGAAGUCCUACUUCCCCACUCUUGUUUGAAGAUGAAUGUUCAACAGAGAGUAAACCUCACUUCAAUGAUGAACCUAAUUGCAGCCAAGCUUCACCAAAUACCAGUAACUGUAUUCCUGAUGACAGUCUUGGAUCCAUUAUUGGAAGUGAAGAAGAAUAUUCCCUUUUAUUUGAUGAAAGCCCUGAUGAGUCAGUACAUGAGGAAUCUCAUCUUGGAGAAGUCAGUCAUGAACAGUUUCCUCUGGAAAACGAAGAGCCACUUUACACUGGUUCACGACUAACCCAAGCUCAGAGUUUUUUACUUAUACUUUCAUUUGUUUUGAGACAUGGACUCACAGGCAUGGCUCUCUCUGAUCUCCUAGAUUUGAUGAAUAUUCACUGUCCAGAAAACACACAGUUAACCUCAAAGCAUCUGUUCUUAAAAGAGCUUAAGCCUGUAGAAGGUCACCUACAAUCUCACAUAUAUUGUCCAAACUGUGAGUACUACAUCGGUGACCAGGAUAGCGAAGGACAAUGUGUUGUAUGCCACACAACAUGGGAUAAAAACAGCUCGCUGAAGAAUGGAAACUUCUUUAUAUACUUACCAAUACAAACACAGUUGGAACAUCUUCUUCAAAGAGAAGAUAUUGCACAUUGUCUCAAGUCAAGAGAUAGUACAUGUAAUUCUGAAAAUUAUGAAGAUAUUGGAAGUGGUAAAAUGUACCAUGAUCUGUACAAAAUUGGAGGCCCGCUUCACUGUACUCAUGGAUACUCUUUAACCCUCAACUGUGAUGGAGUGCCUGUAUUCAAAUCAUCACUCUAUGGUAUUUGGCCAUUAUAUGGUAUUGUAAACGAGCUUCCUUACCCUGUGCGCAAAGAAAAUGUUCUGCUUUUUGGCUUGUGGUUUGGUGAUAAAAAGCCAAAUGUUAAUACAUUUUUAAAGCCAUUCACUUUAGAGUGUCAGAAGUUGUCAACUGCGGGCUUUAAGAUAAAAAGAAACAGCAUUUUGGAACAAUGUAGAGUUGUGGCAGCUCUUAUGAUGUGCGAUUCGGUAGCUAGGCCCAUACUUCAAAACAUGACCCAGUUUAAUGGUCGGUAUGGAUGCAGCCUCUGUUUACAUCCCUGGUGA